AUGCCCGCUCAACUAAACGGGUCCAUGACCGCCAGCAUUCCCAUUCGAAUACCCGGCGACCAGACUCAACCUCAACAUCAGCCCCAGACUGGUGUUUUCUACAAACAGCACAAGCACUCGAGAUCGUCUUACUCCGAUUCUUCUCCGCUCGCAAAUUCCAGAAAUAACUCUUUGACUUUUCGUCCUUAUAAGAGGCUCAUGUCAAACCCCGACAAGACCAUCGCUGUCAUCAACGCCAGCGGGCGACAGGCUGCGUCUUUCAUCCGCGUCGCCACUGCUGUUGGUUACCAUGUUCGCGCUCAGUUGAGAAAUCUGGAUGGCGUGAUCGCUUCUGAAGUCUCCGAGAAUCCUAACGUGACCGUUCUUGUUGGUGAACUGUACACAAGGCACCAACCUUCUGAAGCAAACCGCGAUGUCACCAAGCAUGGCCCUCUCACCGGUGUCGGAGUCAACUACGACUUGAUCGCCAAUCUUUUCCGUGGUGCUCAACUCGCCUUCAUUAAUACCACUUUUUACGGCGAUGAGAUUGCGAUUGGAAAAGCCCUUGCUGAUGCUGCCAAGCGCGCCGGAAUCCAACACUAUGUCUACUCAUCGAUGCCCGACCAUGCUGCGUAUGAUACCAAAUGGCCCUCGCUACCUCUUUGGGCCGCCAAGCAUGAAGUCGAGCAGUAUGUGCGCAAAUUGAGAAUGCCUGCCACAUUUGUUUACACCGGCAUCUACAACAAUAACUUCACCUCUCUUCAAUACCCCCUCUUCUGCAUGGAGUUGCAGAAGGAUGGCUCUUUCAGAUGGCAAGCACCUUUCCAUCCUGACGCCAAGCUGCCUUGGCUAGAUGCCGAGCACGACGUCGGCCCAGCGGUUCUCCAAAUUUUCAAGGACGGCCCUGCCAAGUGGAAUGGAGAGCGUAUAGCACUUGCAUAUGAGUACCUGACCCCCAAGGAGGUGUGCCGCCUUUUCUCCAAGGGAGUUGGUCGCCCUGUGCGCUAUGUCCAUGGGCCCAUUGAGGUCAAGGUCCGGAUUCCAGAAGGUUACCGGGAACAGCUUGUGGCUCUUGAGCAACUCUACGACCCCAAUCGAAAGGAUCCUAGAAAGCAGCCGCCUUACUUCGGAGACCCCAAGGUUGAACUAAGCUGCCCAAGCGAAGCUCUAGAACUAUGGGAGGGUCCCCGAGGUAUUGAAGAGUAUGCCAGAGAGAUGUUCCCCAUAGAAGAGGAAGCCAACGGCCUGACAUGGAUGCUGGAAGAUGAUUCCAGCGACGACGAGGAGGUGCAACACGCAGCACACUCGGUUGAGCAACUGAGAAUCCAUGAAGGCGAUGACGACGACAGCGAUGACGAUAAUGACGACGGCCUUGUGAUAAAAGGCCGUAAGCGCGACGAGGAGGAGUGGUUAGCAUGA